CCCGAAGGGGUGUGUCCCGCUCCGUGCCCCGCCCACUGCUCCCGGCGAAGUGCAGAGCGGGGAAGCCCGGCCGCACUGGGAAGCUGCUCCUGCCCCGAGUGUGAGGCUGAGCUGCCCGAGGCUGGGGCUCCGCGCGUUCUCCGGGCUCCCAGGCGGCGCUGCGCGAUGGCGGAACAGGGAAUCCAGGCGCGCCGCGUCCUCUCCCCCGGCAGCCGCCUCCUGUUCCUCCUCACCUGCCUCUUCGUGCCCCUCCUCGGGGUGCCCGGUCCGGCCGGCAGAGCCACCGCCGCCAGGGGCAGCGCCCGGACCCCCUACACGGGUAUAUCAGAGCCUUCUUUUAUUGCUAAAAGUGAAGAUCGUUUGUUUAAACACUUAUUUCAAGACUAUCAAAAAUGGGUUCGCCCAGUCCAACGCUUGAAUGACACAAUAAAAAUAAAGUUUGGUCUUGCGAUCUCUCAGUUAGUGGAUGUGGAUGAGAAAAAUCAGCUGAUGACAACAAAUGUUUGGCUGAAACAGGAAUGGAUAGAUGUAAAAUUAAGGUGGAAACCUGAAGACUAUGCUGGAAUAACAUCUAUUCGUGUCCCAUCAGAGUCUAUCUGGAUUCCAGAUAUUGUGUUGUAUGACAAUGCAGAUGGUCGUUUUGAAGGAACAGCUACAAAAACAGUAGUAAAAUAUGAUGGGACCGUUGCUUGGACUCCCCCAGCAAACUACAAAAGUUCUUGUACCAUAGAUGUUACAUUCUUUCCAUUUGACCUCCAAAACUGCUCCAUGAAAUUUGGUUCCUGGACCUAUGAUGGCUCACAGGUUGAUAUUAUUCUAGAAGAUUAUGAUGUUGACAAGAGAAAUUUCUUUGAUAAUGGAGAAUGGGAAAUAGUAACGGCAACAGGGAGAAAAGGGAAGAGAACUGAUGGAUGCUGCUGGUACCCAUUUAUUACAUAUUCAUUUGUAAUUAGACGGAUGCCUCUUUUUUACACACUGUUUCUCAUUAUUCCGUGUAUAGGACUUUCAUUUUUAACUGUCCUUGUCUUUUAUCUCCCUUCAAAUGAAGGUGAAAAAAUUGCUCUCUGCACUUCGGUACUGGUGUCGUUGACUGUCUUUCUUCUUGUUAUUGAAGAGAUUAUACCAUCAUCUUCUAAAGUUAUACCACUUAUUGGAGAGUACUUGGUGUUUACUAUGAUUUUUGUGACAUUGUCCAUUGUGAUAACUGUCUUUGCUAUUAAUAUUCAUCAUCGUUCCUCUUCUACUCACAAUGCUAUGGCACCUUGGGUCCGCAAGAUAUUUCUUCAUAAACUUCCAAAGAUACUUUGCAUGAGAAGUCAUGUAGAUAGAUACUUUGCUCAGAAAGAAGAAACUAGCAAUAUCAGUGGAUCAGAAUCAUCUAGGAACACCUUGGAAGCAGCUCUAGAUUCUAUCCGAUACAUUACAAGACAUAUCAUGAAGGAGAAUGACGUUCGCGAGGUUGUUGAAGACUGGAAAUUUAUAGCUCAGGUGCUUGAUCGAAUGUUUUUAUGGACUUUUCUUCUGGCUUCAAUAAUUGGAUCAAUUGGGUUGUUUAUUCCUGUUAUUUAUAAAUGGGCAAAUAUAAUAGUACCAGUCCACAUUGGAAAUACACACACAUAAAAUAUUUGUGGGGUACCACUUCUGCUAUGAACAUGAUUCUUAAAAGGUACAUGGUAGUUCUAUGUUCAUGCAAAUAGUGUGUAUGGCACACUUUUACUAGAAUUAUAAUCUUAAGUAUAAGGAAUCAUGCCUAUAUUUAAGCAUGGCAUUUUAGGACAUGUGCAAUACCUACUGCUUAGCUGUUAGCCUACUAAUUCAUUUCUAAAUCUGGACAAAAUCAAACACACUUGCAUGUAUUGUAUUGCCCCCCCCCAAAUACAGUACAUAGAUAACUUCUGAGAACUAGAGGGAUUUUAAAAACUUUUUAGAUUCUAGUUGUUUUAGAAUUGGCAAAACACUAUAUAAAUUAUACAGUGUACUACUGAGUGUUAAAAGUGUGUAGAUGUUUAUGUAUUAGAGCAUUGUGGUUGGUUACUUAACUUACCACAAUGAGCGGAAGAGGAUUUUAAGAGAAUAAAUUCUUUUGAGUGUUCUGAAAAUUUGAGUUUUUAGAGUAAAUUACAAAUAUUAACCAUCUAUUCUAACACACUAGGUGUAAUAUGUACAUUAAAAUAAUCUAUGGUUCCAUAUUUGUCUUUAUUUAUACAUUGUCAAUGAAAAAUACUAUUAACUUUAAAGACAU